CUGUGUACGAUGUGUUUUCCGCUGUUGUGAUUUGUAGUCGUUUCAUUGAACUGAAGAAGAAGACAGUAGUACAGGGUGAAGUGUGGACUGAGACACUUAACAAACAUGAAUUUUAAAGUCCGGGCUGCAACUAAAGAAGACUGCAAAGACAUAUCGAGACUGAUAAUGGAGCUGGCGGUGUAUGAAAAAAUGCCUGAGCAAGUGAAGAUAUCUCAUGAAGAGCUGGAGCGGGACGGCUUCUGUCAGAAUCCCUUCUUUGAAUGCCUCGUCGCAGAAGUGCCUGGGGAGCAUAAAUCUAAAGAAGGAUUCACAAUUGUUGGAUACGCCUUUUACUUUUACACGUACAGUACAUGGAAGGGGCGGACCAUAUAUUUGGAGGAUCUGUACGUGAUGCCAGAAUUCAGAGGAAGAGGCAUAGGCAAGGGUUUACUGUGCAAAGUUUCAGAGGUGGGGAAGGAUAAGCAGUGUGCGCGACUAGAGUUGACUGUGUUCGACUGGAAUACACCCUCUAGAAAAUUCUACGCUGCUAAAGGAGCUCAGGACCUUACCGAAAGCGAAGGCUGGCACUUUUUACGCUUUGACAAACAAAGCAUGGACAAUUUAGCAAAUGAAGCCGCAAAAGAUUAAAAGUCUGCAACUUGGGGCGACCUCUAGCUCACCUGGUGGGCUGAGUCUUUUGCAGCAGCCUGGGUUUGAUUCUGGCCUGCAGCCCCGAGCUGUGUGUCAUCAUAUAUUUGUGUCUGUAUAAAUAAAAAACAAAAGAUUGACUGAGAUGGUUUUAAUCUUUUUAGGAUCUGGUGAUGCUGGUGGAAGAUUUUGGCCAGUGUCCCAGCAGCGCAAUGUGAUAUGAUUUGAAUAAAGGCAAUCCCAGCUGUAAUACCAUAUGAUCUCACUAGGUGGCAUACUUAGGCAACUGAAAAUUACAUGAUUUGUCACUCUCUCAGUGGACAUUCAGGUAAUGCUGUAGCUACAUGGACCGUACCUCCACUUAUAUGUCAUGACAACAGGCCCAGCUGUGAGGAUUUUUUGUUUUGGUUAAAGGAAUCAAAGGAGAUUAUAAUCUGCAAACAAGCUCUGUAACCCAAAACUCCUUUCAUCUGAACAUGUGAGCUGGACUUUUUUGUAAUUACUAAAAUAAAGUGACAUUGCUCA